AGAGGCCCUCCCCUGAGUCUUUCCGGAUGUGAGGGGAGGCGGCGCUCUGGCCCGGUGUCCACCCUCAGUGGUGUCUAUUCCUCCCCAACACGUGGGACCGGCACAAUCGGCUGCUGUCUCUGAGCAUCGUGUUUGACUGUUCACUUCUACAUUAAAGGCACCAUCCACUGCAUGCAAUGUUAUACCGGAGACUACGACAGAAACCCACUGAUCUUGUUUUCUGGCAAAUUUUCCAACACUUUCAUUCGACAUCAUGAAGUAUAUCCUAGUGACGGGUGGUGUGAUAUCUGGUAUUGGAAAAGGGAUCAUUGCAAGCAGCAUAGGAACAAUCUUGAAAUCCAGCUCCCUGCGUGUCACUUCUAUUAAGAUUGACCCAUACAUUAACAUUGAUGCAGGAACGUUCUCUCCUUACGAACAUGGAGAGGUGUUUGUACUGGACGAUGGAGGCGAAGUUGACUUAGAUCUUGGAAAUUAUGAGCGUUUCCUGGACAUCCGAUUAACAAAAGACAACAAUUUAACAACUGGAAAGAUUUAUCAGUCUGUCAUAAACAAAGAAAGAAAAGGGGACUAUCUGGGGAAAACCGUGCAAGUGGUCCCUCACAUCACAGAUGCUAUCCAGGAGUGGGUGAUGCGACAGGCCCUGAUUCCUGUAGAUGAGGAUGGUGUGGAGCCAGAAGUCUGUGUAAUUGAGCUAGGAGGAACUGUGGGUGACAUUGAAAGUAUGCCCUUCGUAGAAGCUUUCCGACAGUUUCAGUUCAAAGUUCGAAGAGAGAACUUUUGCAAUAUUCAUGUUAGUCUUGUACCUCAGCCAAGUGCCACUGGUGAGCAGAAAACCAAGCCCACUCAGAACAGUGUACGGGAGCUUCGAGGACUCGGCCUAUCGCCAGAUCUAGUUGUCUGCCGGUGCACCACUCCUCUGGACAACUCUGUAAAAGAGAAGAUAUCAAUGUUUUGUCACGUUGAACCGGAGCAGGUAAUCUGUGUGCAUGAUGUUUCUUCUAUAUACAAAGUACCAUUGUUGCUGGAGGAGCAGGGAGUAGUGGAAUAUUUUCGGAAACGAUUGGAUCUUCCCAUUGGACGACAGCCUCGCAGAUUACUUAUGAAGUGGAAAGAGAUGGCAGACAGGUAUGACCGUUUGCUGGAGUCCUGCAGCAUUGCUUUGGUGGGAAAGUACAUAAAAUUUUCCGAUUCCUAUGCAUCAGUUAUAAAAGCCUUGGAACAUUCUGCUCUAGCUAUAAACCACCGCUUGGAGAUCAAGUAUAUAGACUCUGCUGAUUUAGAGCCCAGCACUUUGCAGCAGGAGCCCGUGCGGUACCAUGAAGCCUGGCAGAAACUCUGCAGCUCAGAUGGUGUACUGGUACCUGGGGGGUUUGGUGUACGAGGGACAGAGGGUAAAAUCCAGGCGAUAUCGUGGGCACGAAAGCAGAAGAAGCCUUAUUUGGGAGUGUGUCUAGGGAUGCAGUUGGCUGUUGUUGAGUUUUCCAGAGAAGUACUAGGCUGGAAAGAUGCCAACUCUACAGAGUUUGAUGCUCAAACCAGUCAUCCAGUAGUGAUUGACAUGCCUGAACACAAUCCAGGCCAGAUGGGAGGAACCAUGAGGCUGGGAAAGAGGAGAACAAUCUUCCGUUCACAGAACUCCAUCUUAAGGAAGCUGUAUGGUGACCAGGAGUUUGUAGAAGAAAGACACCGGCACAGAUAUGAGGUCAAUCCAGAACUUAGACAUGAACUAGAGGCUCAAGGUCUGAACUUUGUUGGUCAAGAUACAGAAGGAGAAAGGAUGGAGGUUGUGGAGUUAGCAGAUCAUCCAUAUUUUGUUGGCGUUCAGUAUCACCCAGAAUUCACAUCCCGACCCAUUAAACCCUCCCCUCCAUAUUUUGGGCUUCUGUUGGCUUCUUCAGGAAGAUUAACUCAGUAUAUUGAAAGAGGAUGCCGGCUGUCCCCCAGAGAUACAUACAGUGACAGAAGUGGGAGUAGUUCUCCGGACACAGAAAUUGAAGAACUCAAAUUAUCACUUGCUCAGCAUGACUGAUGCUAUAGGUAACGGCAGCCUGUCCAUUCUUGUCAAAGACACAUCCUUCGGCAAAUGUUAUUAUUUUGCUUUUUUAUUUUAUUUACUUUGUAUACAUUGUUUUGUCGUGUCCAUUUUUAUGUUCUAUGAAGGUAGCUGCACAAGGUACCGUAUUUUUUGUCCUAUAGGACGCACCGGCGUAUAAGACGCACCCAAUUUAUAGGUGCAAAAUCUAAAAAAAUAAAGAUUUUGAACCCAAUAGUGGUCUUCAACCUGUGGACCUCCAGAUGUUGCAAAACUACAAC